UGUGUGUAUGUGUGUGAUUGUGUAUGUGUGCCCACCUUGUUCCAGCGACGAGCUAUCCGAAAGCCAGCUGUUUGCAGUGAAUACAUUUCUGGCAAAAGCCGCCGGCUCGACACGCACUUUAUCCCCCUCUUUGAGGCUGUGGUCGUAGCCUUUAUGUUUUACCGUCAAAAUGAGUCAGGAUGUGAUGGGGUGCUGUCCUGCUAUCGCUAGCUAGGCGGACAAAUUCCUUCAACCAGCCUGCUGUUUCAAUCACUGCGGGUUGACACAACAUUAGCUGAGGCGUUGUUGAGUGAGCUAGCGGGCUAGCAAGGCAGCUUUUAUAGCCGUUACGUCUGUUCUAGCUAACGUUAGCUAAUGUAGUUAGUUAGAGAACGGACGCAUUGCUGCGGCGUGGAUAGUGCAAUAACGGUUAUCACUAAUGUUAGCUUCUUAGCAAGGACUACUACUUUUUUCUAGCGUAAACUAGCUCGCUGACGUUGAAGAGACUGCACAGAUAUCAACUGUUACGGGUUUGGAUGUCGCGACACUGCAGUUUUGUACCACUUUUGCCGGAUUGUGAAGACAGAAUUGGACCACAGUGACAGACGAAAAGAUAGAAUUGGACCACCAAGUGACCGAGCGGGUUAAUGAUAUAAACCAGGUGUUAAGUGGCUAAUCUGUGGCAGUUGCAGUAAUUUUAACACUAUCUGUAUUAAGGCAGAGCAUCUCGGGGAGGCCCCGCCGUCUCCUGACUCCCCUCCCCUGUCCGAAUCUCCCGUGAUUUACCGAGAACACCCGGGCGAAGUCGCAGUUGUUCUCGGCUGGGGGGACAACUUGACAGCGAGGCCCCUAGCUUUAGUCUCCCCUCCCCCAGUCCCGUCCAUCCAUCCAUCCGUCCAGCCCCGACAGACCGCCUCCUCCUCGCCUGAAAUCGAAGCGAGGACCGGGGAUUCGGGAUAAGCCGAAACCGUGGGCAAGUGUUUGUCGGGUCCCGUAUAAAACCGGGCUGCCAAAACCAGAGGGGAUGACUCUGGAGUCCAUGAUGGCUUGCUGCCUGAGCGAAGAGGCGAAGGAGUCGAAACGAAUCAAUGCAGAAAUUGACAAACAACUCCGCCGAGACAAGCGAGACUCCAGGAGAGAGCUAAAAUUACUUCUUCUUGGUACGGGAGAAAGUGGCAAAAGCACCUUCAUCAAGCAGAUGAGGAUCAUCCAUGGAGCCGGAUACUCAGAUGAAGAUAAGAGAGGCUUCAUCCGGCUUGUUUACCAGAACGUCUUCACGUCCAUGCAGGCCAUGAUCCGGGCAACUGAGACCCUCAAGAUCCCCUACAAAUUUGAACAGAAUCGGUCUAAUGCCAUGCUCGUGAAGGAGGUGGACAUUGAGAAGAUCAAUGGGUUUGACCAGCCCUACAUUGUAGCUAUCAAGAGCCUGUGGGCUGACCCGGGGAUCCAGGAGGCCUACGACCGCCGCAGAGAGUACCAGCUGUCUGACUCCACUAAAUAUUAUCUUACCGAUCUGGAUCGUAUUUCAGAUUCCAACUAUCUUCCCACUCAGCAGGAUGUGCUCAGGGUGCGCAUCCCCACUACAGGAAUCAUAGAGUACCCCUUCGACUUGCAAAGCAUCAUUUUCAGGAUGGUGGAUGUAGGGGGUCAGAGGUCAGAGAGGAGGAAGUGGAUUCACUGCUUUGAGAAUGUCACCUCCAUUAUGUUUCUUGUGGCCCUGAGUGAGUACGACCAGGUCCUGGUGGAGUCAGACAACGAGAACCGCAUGGAGGAGAGUAAAGCUCUAUUUAGGACUAUCAUUACCUACCCUUGGUUUCAAAACUCCUCCGUCAUCCUCUUCCUCAACAAGAAGGACCUGCUAGAGGAGAAGAUCUCCUACUCACACUUGGUGGACUAUUUCCCCGAGUUCGAUGGUCCCCAGAGAGAUGCACAGGCAGCGCGGGAGUUCAUCCUCAAGAUGUUUGUGGACUUAAACCCAGACAGCGACAAGAUCAUCUACUCUCACUUCACUUGUGCCACGGACACUGAGAACAUCCGCUUUGUGUUUGCAGCUGUCAAAGACACCAUCCUACAGCUCAAUCUCAAAGAGUACAACCUGGUGUGAGGGCUCACGUACGACGCACAUCUCCUCCCCAUUGCACAAAUGCACACCUCUUUGGAAGUGUGCACUCAGCUCCACAUGCAUUACACAGCACACCAUGCCGGCUCACUCACACACAUACUCACACACACACACACACACACACACACACACACACACACACACACACACAAGCAGACACGCAUUCUAAUAGAACCCUUCCUUUCCCCACCCCCCACCACUUGCACCCCCCCCAGUACAGUACUUUCACAGACCCUCCCACCUGCAAACGCCGCCCCUUGCUCUUUCACCAAAGCUCGCCCUCUUCCUCCUUCGCUCGGCAGCUUGUUGUGUCAGAAUCCUCGCUCCUCCCAAAGCUGCUCCGUGUGUCAGAUUUGGCUCCGGCUGCUAGCUCUGGCACAUUUCAUCUGGCACACAAACCUUUCACACGGGCUGUACAGUGACUGAAGGGGACUUUGGUGUUUGUGUGUGUGGUACGUGUGUGUGUGCGUGUGUGUAUAUUUGGGGCAGCAUUGACUAGCAAGGAGCUGCGUUUUGGUGAAUAGCAGCAUCAAACCCCUUUGGCCCUCUGGAGUUGACCCUCAUUGGUGUGAGAUCAGAUCCUCCGUCAUCUCCUUUCUGCCAGUGUGGGAGGAAGUGAAUUCUGUAUCUGCUGAAAACACCCAAGGACCAGCGGCUCGAUGCUGACAAAAGAGAUACUUCAGAGUGACUUGGACAGGAUGUGAGGUUUCACACAGGAUGCAAGGGGAUGGGGCUGAGGAUUCUGUCUCCACCUCGCAUCUAUGAAUGUACCCACCAGUUUGAGCAUCGCAAUCGCAAAAAAUAGAUAUAUAUAUUAUGAAGUAAAUGCAUAUGUAAACACACUUAAGACAAAAAGCACGAGAGGACAAGACAUAGCUAAUCAAAAUCUGUUCAUUGCUGAGAUUUUUUAAAUGUUUUUAAUGAUAGAAAUUUGUUGCUACGUCUACUUCUAUUUAACAGAUAAUGGCUAAAUGGAAUGGUGAUAAGAAAUGGUAAGAAAAUCUAUAAAAACUUUUAAACAAAGACAUCCAAAAAAAAAGAAGCAACCAGAAAUUUACUUGACAUAAGUAUCCUUUAAAGAUUUCUGUAUUUUUAUGUUUAAGUUAAUCACAUCGCUUCCCCCCCUCCAGAUGUUUUCUGUAUGGAUUCACAGGGACAAUCUUCCAUGUGACCUUCACAGUAACUGGCUCCACUGAUAACACCCCCAUAUCCUUAAUACAAAACACCAGUAGAAGGUGAGAGGACCCUGCUUUUUAACACAGGCUCUCUGAUUGAGUGGAAGCAGACGUGGAGGGGAGUGUGAUGUCAUCAUCAGUGUUAAUCAGCCCACAGGGCACAUCUGCAGCUUGGGCUGCAAGUAGCUUAUUCAACAAAAUAAAAGCUGUAAAUUAAAACACGCCCAGAAUCCAUGCGGUAACAUCUCUGAUGGCGUCACACCUGCAUCGCUCAGCCGUACAAUCAGACCCACUUCCUGAUGGUGACAUGGUCUCUAUUACAUCAGGAUGUGCUUCUGUUUACUUUUUUUUGGUUUUGUUUUUUUUUGUUUUUUUUACUGU